AUGGCACGUCAAGCAUCUGAGUUUACACCAGAAGAUUUUAUUAGCAUUAUGCCGGAUAACGUGGUAACUAACAUUCUAGAUCGAUUGCCAUUACAAGUUGCGGUGAGGACUGGUAUUUUGUCAAAACACUGGAGGUUUAAAUGGACUAUGCUUAGCCAACUUUCAAUUGAUGAGGAGUUCUUUAAGUAUUUAAUACUAGAAAAAGGCGUAAAUAAUUUUGGGGAAAUAAUAAGUAAGCUUAUUUUUCAUCUUAAUGGUACCAUAACAAAGUGUUUCCUUUUCCUCUACGAAAUGGAUGUUGAAGAUAUUAAUCGCUGGAUUUCAAUCUUGUCCAAGAAAAAAGUUAUCGAUCUCGCUAUUAAAAAUUGGUCUAAAACACAACUUGACUUGUCUACACAUCUUUUCUCUUGUUUAGAGUUGAAACAUUUGAAACUUCACAAGUCUAUUUUCAAUCCUCCAUCUAGAUUUCAUGGUUUUCCGAACCUAUUGAGCUUAGAGUUGCGUAUGGUACAGUUUGGAAUUAGCGACUUUGGUGAGUUUUUUACUCGGUGUCCCUUACUUGAGAUUUUGAACGUCGAUCAUUCUGUUUCUAAAGGUAACAUAAAAUUAGUAGAGAUUGCAAAGCUUAAAAAUCUCAAAGUAUUAUCUUUGUCAUUGUGUGAUCUUGACACUCCGACGAUCAUAAGUUCCCACAAUAUCUUUGAGCUUGUGGGCUUUCUUCCAAAACUUCAAGAGCUUGGUUUGGAUUUUCAAGACUACAAGUUGGCAGACGGUGCUCUAAUGGAGUUCCCCACCGCCUUUCCUCGCCUCAAGGCUCUUAAACUAUCAAGAAUAUAUUUAGGCAAUGGUAUUAUGUUAUCAUGUGCUUUUGAAAUGAUCAAACACUUCCCAAAUCUGCAGACCCUCGACCUUGAGAACACAGCAAUUCAACGUGAUGCUGACCCAAUUCCAGAGGUAGAUUACCGCCACACAUUGGGGCUUCGGGGUGUGGUGUUUAGAUCCUUUGAAGGUUCAGAGAGUGAAGUGUGUUUGAUAAAUUAUAUACUCGCUUGUUCGCCUUUUCUAAAAGAGAUUGCUAUUCAUCCCCGGGUGGAUCUAGAACACACUAAACAGAUGAUGUUUGCUAGGAAGUUGUUGAAGCUCCCUCGAGCCUCCCCGUUAGCUGAAAUCGAUUUCUACCCUUUUUAG